UUAUUUUCAAAUUCUAAAAUGUUGAUUAAGAACAGUAUGCCUUUUAACUUUACAUCUGAGGUUCCUCCAAGACAAUUUAUGGUACAUUUUAGGUCAAUAUGGGCUUUAUCAAAAUUUAAUCUUUUAAUUUCAUUAUAUCCAUUUUCUGUACAUUUUGUUGAAAAGAUUAUCUCAUUUUCACAAUUAAUUUCGGCUAAAGCAACUCCAUGAUCUGUUUUACAAGUAUAAUUUAAAUCAGCUCCUGUUCGACAAUUGUAACAUC